CGUUUGUCUUGUAUCAGAGGCUUCAAAGUGCUAACGGAUCUUAUUCAAAGUCUUGAUACAAGACAUACACUGUAAAUGCAAUCGUCCGAAACCCCCGGGUCCACAACUCAUUGAACCACCUGACGUGCAAAGUAAAGCAAAUUUAAGAGAUGAAAUUAGAUCAGAUAUUGAGAGAUUCGAUAGUGCAAAAAGAAGUGUUUCAUGUACAAGUAAUUAUUAGACAAUAGGCAUCAUAAAGUAAGUAGUUUUGGCGACGUAAGAUAUAGCCGAGUUGACGCACUUUGAACUUCUCAUUACACACAUCCGGGUAUUGGAGAACGAUCGAUGUGUUAAUAAAUUAAUCGUUGGUCAACAUUUGUGCUGAUUUCAAGGAAAAUACACACUAAAGGCAUUAAAUAAGAUGGCUUCCGCUAACGACAGUAAAUGGCAGAAGGAUGCUGCAGACCAGAACUUUGACUAUAUGUUCAAACUACUCAUCAUAGGAAAUUCUAGCGUUGGAAAAACAUCAUUUUUAUUUCGAUAUGCGGAUGACUCUUUUACAUCAGCAUUUGUAAGCACUGUUGGUAUUGACUUCAAAGUAAAAACAGUAUUCCGACAGGAUAAACGAGUAAAAUUACAAAUAUGGGACACAGCAGGCCAAGAGAGGUACAGGACCAUAACUACAGCUUACUACAGGGGUGCUAUGGGAUUUAUACUCAUGUAUGAUGUUACCAAUGAAGAAUCUUUUAAUGCAGUUCAAGAUUGGUGUACACAAAUCAAGACAUAUUCUUGGGAUAAUGCACAGGUGGUGUUAGUUGGUAACAAAUGUGAUCUAGAAGAUGAAAGAGUUGUAUCCACUGAGAGGGGUAAACAAUUAGCAGACCAAUUAGGUUUAGAAUUUUUUGAGACAUCAGCCAAAGAAAACAUCAAUGUAAAAGCCGUAUUCGAGCGACUCGUAGAUAUCAUUUGUGACAAGAUGUCCGAAAGCUUAGAUUCCGACCCAACAGCGGUGAAUAGUGCAAAUAAAACAACGCGUCUUACUGAAAACCCAAAUCAACAGAACCAGCAAUGUCAGUGUUAACAUCCCUUCAAGCCAUAAGACAUCACUCUAGAACUAACUAAAAGAUGGCACUGAUUGUAGAUGUUACCUACUCUUAAACAUAGUCUCUAUAACGACUAGCGAUUUAGCACUUUGGAUGAGUGUACAAUUUGUAUUGGAGAUGAACAUUCACAGAACAUGUGCACAAUGUGUGGGUUACUAUGACAACACAUAAAAGGACCAUAGAGACCAUUCUGCUGUUUUAUCAACGGACCCCUGAUCCUGGACCCCAAUAUAUAGCUAACAGCUGAGUGAGCUAAGAGGAAUAUUGCUUCAUUCGUACUAACUUACACUUUAACAUUGCACACUUUUCAUGUUUCUCUAAAGCUGAAUGUUAAUUGUUGCUUUAAUUGCAAGCAGUAUUGAUAUUUGGUAGUGUAAUUAGCAAACUCAUGAACGCAUCAACAUCAGGAUUCAGUUGAUGAAACGGUAGAAAUGCGAGGAC